GAAGCAACUGGUUGAUAGACUGCCGAUAUGCAUUGCAAAUAUGUCUGGGUCUGGAAGGUUGCAACUUGUGAUGCUGGCCAUACAUUAGUGUAAAAUCUGUAUUGCAUCACUAACAAAAGAAGUUGUCGCCUCUCCUGCCAUACAAAAACGCAGUUUCUCCUGCGGAGUGCGUAUGAGAAGAUUACUGCAAACUUGUCAUGCUUUCAUCCUGCAUGAGAGAGUGUUUUCAUCAUGCACACUUUAGCAUCACAAAUUCCCAGUCGGUGUUUUGUCGGUGCGGUUGUUUUAGCAUCACAAUUUCCAGACCCAGACAUAUUUGCAGUUGAUAGCCGAUUCCGAAAAAACUUACCUCCGCGCGGGAGUUCCGCUUGCAGUUUCACCGAACCGGCAAGGUUUUGAAGUUUCUUGUCCGCUUACUCGUGAUCCAGAUUUUCCCGACGUAUUUCAAGUUUGUUUUGGACUUUUUCCUGGUGCGGGCGGCUCUCUACUCCAGGGUGUUCCGUUCCAGCAACGUUUCCACCGCGAACCUGAUUGACCAGAGUUGGAACGACUUGCCAAAACCGGAGUUCACCUGGCUGUCCCCGCAGAUCCAAGAGUUGCUGAACAGCUUCUUGUAUCCAAUGCAAAAAUGUCUGGGUCUGGAAGGAUGUAAUCUGUGAUGCGCAUUUCAGGACACACAAAAAUCUCUCAUGCAUCGGUAGCAAAAGCUGUCCACUUUCUGUCACCAGAAUGGGGGAUUUGUCAUGAGGGUUCGGCAUUGCGGAAGCUUCGGGAAACCUGUGAUGCUAGGGCUUGCAUGCCAGACCUUCUGCGUCAUGCAGAAAGAGCAUGACUCUUCCAGACCCAAACACUUUUGCAUUUGAUAUCUUGUACAGGCUGUUCUUGCUUUUGAGUACCCUAGACCGGUUCCUGUCCGACGUCUUCCUCCAGCUCUACAACUACUUAUUGCCGAAGUGCGAAGCCCC